AUGCCCCAGGGGCAGGGUUCAAGCGGCACCGUGCUCGACCCCGACAAGCGCUAUGUCGGUCACGAGAAUGCCUUUGCGAUUCGCCAACGCCAUCGGGCAUACCGAACUGCAACUCUCUUUCUAAUGCACACAAGUUCAAUCAACUAUGAGCAUGGAAAGUACUCCGCGUACUCACAUGUAGACGAUCUGCCUCGGCUCCAGACGUCCCAAGCUCAGACGCCACAUGAGGUGAAGUUGACUUGCGACACCUUCAUCUACUUGCAAAAUCUCACCCCAUUGCUCAUCAGAGAUUCUGAGAUCAUCUCUUUAACCCCUGUGUGUUCUUUCAACACCACCUUGAAGCCGCGUGAGGAUGUAAACCCUUAUGCCCGGCCGGGUUCGAAGCCUUGGGUUGAAGUGCCUUCCACGCAACCUCAUCUCAAGAAAAUCCUAAUCUCAAGCAAUCCAGAUUGGGCUCACCAUCGGAUCAUAACCGGUCACGAUAGGACAUAUUGGCCUUCUUUGGACGUCACCCUCGAUCGUGCGACGCCUCUAGUCGACAUGCCAGAAUGGCUGGGAGGCGAGCUCGGUCCAGCUGCUGCUCUGCAACAUCUUCUACCCAAGGAGCCAACACGGCGCGAAUGGCGUUCAACAUUCACCAUCGACGUCCACUGCAGAACUGUGUUUCAUCUGCUCGAGCGGCUUCACUUGGCGGCGGCACAAAAGCUCGAUCAAUCUGUUGAAGAGUCCAUGAAAGACAGUGAUCUCAACAUUCUGCCAGGGUCUACCUUCGGAUCAUCGGGAAGGACAGCCGGAUACGACGAGUUGGGCCGCCUGGAAUUCCAAAAAGUCUUCUCCACGCUCUCCUGCGCCUUUGAAACCUACACCGAGAAGACCCGAAAAUCGUGCUCUGUGUUCAAAGUAAUCUUCGCCAAGGAAGGAAUGCUGCCGCCCACCUACCACGACAGAGUACUCACCCUGAGCAAAGAUGUACGCAAUCUUCAGAUGGUGCUGCUGCUUCUGAGUCAGCUGAAGCUACAUUUCGGGGACAUCUUACGAUCGCAUCUCGUGUGGCUCAGCCAAACAAAGGCCGACGAAACCCAGCAUGUGUUCAAGGACAAGGAAAGCUUUCGAGACCACGUCGAGCGGGCAGCAUCGGGCAAGAAGGCCAAGCCUAGGGCUAUUCGAGCGUAUCUUGGUGCCGGCGAAGGUGUCACUUUCGGGGAACACCUGACCAUCGAUCGAAAUCAAUCCAAUCGCUGGGUGGCAGAAAGGCAGAAGAUGAUGGCUCAAUCCAAAUCCUCGGCGGACGCGAAAGGAAAAGGGCUUCCUUCGACACCUGAUCGUGGCUCUCGCGAUGCCUCAACGGGUAGCACAUCACAAGCAACGUUGAUCGAGGAACAGAUGAGCCAGCUUCGCCUCGAUGAACACCCAUCUGAGAAGUUCAGGGGACCGGAUGAACCUGGAGAUCUCAUCGAUCCCGAGACCCUCGCAGUCGAAAGAGAACGGACCCCAUGGUAUCAAGACUCUAGCGUCCUCAGUCUCAAAGAAUUCUUCCGCAAGUUCCCCAAGACAAAUGGCGAUCAUUGGUCGGAGCAAGAAUUGUCGACCAUGGAGGACAACAUGAUGGCUCGCGUCUACGGUCCCAAGAGAAAGGACUGGCUACCUAAAAAUAAAUUGACUUACAAUGGAACAUGGCACGCAGAGACCAUUGUGCUAUCUUUACAUCACUUGGCGACGGAAUUGUUUGAGCGGAUGGACCAGAGUCUUGUGCGUGAAUCCACGGAAUCGGCCCUCUUUGAAAGCCAUCUCCUCCCCAAAUCACAGGUGCUCGGGAAUUUCCUCAACCUCUCAUCUGUUCUGGCUGUCUCGAAGAGAUGUUGUCCCAGCUGCAACAUGAUGGUAGAAGUGACCGAGGCCAGCCGCAAGAUGCGAAUUCUCCGCCCUGGUGAUCACUCGGAUUGGUUCAGCACCCUCUACCCCCAUGGCUUCCAGAGAAAAUCUUUUCCAAAAUGGAGGCUCGAAUCUUUGAAGAGGUGUCAAGAAGAUUGGGAACGCCCUUAUCGGAAACCGAACUUCCAAGGUCUGGCAGCAGCGGAGGAUCGGGACCGGCGCAAAGUAUCCCUGAUGCCCCUAGCCGCGAUCACAUGUUCGACGUCAUGGUCUUGA